AUGGUGAUCGUCAGAGUCCUGAAUGGACCUCCGACAGGCAGGUCCCUAAUCGGCAUUCCGCGAAAUAGGGAUCCAGUAAACGACGAAACCGAGCCAUGGUUUUUCAUUAAUGGGAUAGCCACCGGGAAGCACUGGCACCAGUCGAACCUGACCGCGCUGGCAGACACCUUUGGCCGGCAGAUCGUGGGCAUCCACAACCCAACCAAAGGCGUGAUCCUCGAUCUUGUCGAAUGCCUCAUCCAGCGCGAUCUCGACUACAAAACAGCUGACAUCCGACAAGGCCGAGCCCAACUUCGCGCCGCGCUCGCCGCAUCUACCACGAAGAAAGUAGUCCUCAUCGUCCACUCGCAAGGCGGGAUUAUAGCGUCCUCGAUCAUCGACUGGCUGUAUGGCGAGCUCAGCGAAUCCCAAAUACAGAAACUAGAGAUAUACACUUUCGGCAUCGCAGCGAGACAGUUUCGCAAUCCGCCUCUGCACGAGCCGCAAGAUAGCGAUCCGGCGGGCAAUAUCCCCCGCCGACAGAUUCAAGGAGAAAGAGCAAUCCGAAAUAUCGAACACUACGCAAAUAGACAGGAUUUCUUCGCUAAUAUCGGAGUUUUGCAGUUCACGGCACCCGCGGGCGCGUAUUCGAAUGCAAGUGUGUUUUCUGGGACUGUCUUUGUCCGAGAGGGAUCGGGGCAUUUGUUUAAUAUGCAUUAUUUGGAUCCGAUGUUUGGGGAGGAUAGUUCCUUUAUGGAGAGUAUGGUCGAUGUGCGCCCUGGUGAUGGACCGGGGAAGCCUGUCUCCAUGCGAAUCAGGGAGUUCUCCAGGUUGUACAAGUACAAAAAUGGGGAGAGCCCGGAGGAACAGGAUGCUAAGUGA